CAGUUAUAUUGAUUGCGCAUACGCGCCCGGCUGCCUGCAUACGACCCCUCAACUGAUAAAAUCGCCUCAACUAUUGCGAAUGUAUAUCAACAGCUUCCUCUUCCACUCCUUUUUUCGGUUGGCUAUCAUCUGCAAUACAACUACAGUCAGCCAUGCCAUCAUUUACUGAGAUCGUCUACAACCCUCACAAGGAUCAUCCUCGUCGGUCCAGAAUGUGGAUGGUUCGAGAUACUCUGUAUCGCUUGAAGAUACGGGACAAAGUUAUCAACUUCAAGUACGCAGAUGAUGGCGACCAACCAUCUCUCGGCAUUGUCAUUGAUGAAGAUGAUCCUCCAGUCAGCCCUUUCGACUGCGGAGACGAUUGCAAGGAGUGUUUUCCGCAGUUCUUUCCUGCCACUGUCCGCGUCAGCAAUGCGGUUGCUCAACAGUCCAUUUUGGCCCUGACCGAAGCGAUCCAAGAAAACACGGCCUCUCUCCGUAGUUCGCUGGCUGCUCAUGCCGACUUCGUCGUGACAAGAUGGCGCAAGAAGUCGCGUGAAAAGCGUCUCACUUUCUUGGAAGAACACAGCUCUCUCUACCCCAAAAAGUGGGCAGCUGUCCAUCUGCUCAAUGCCGUCAACUACCCACACAGCGAAGAUGAGCACGUCUACUACACUGGACCCAAUUCGCAAGCCCUCUUUUUUAAUACCCAAACCGAGCAGGUGUCUCGUGUUCAGAGAGUGCCUCAUCCUAGAGAUCCUGAAGGAGUCGUCAACAGAUUCCGGGACACAUGGUUUCUUCCAUACCUCGAUGCAGAGAUGCUGUCUGAGGAUCCCUUGCUCCUUCUAGGCUUGUUACAUCAUCGCACUGUCAACGAGCCGGAGAAGUGGAUCUCAUUUGACAGCUCCCAUGUCGUUCUAGCUGAGUGCUUUGGACCCAUUGAUCACGUCUUCAAUCCCCAGUGCGUCCUUGUACAAGGUCCUGAUUAUGGCAAGCUUGUCAGCUGGAACGCUCGACAGAUGCAUCGUGGAGAAAUCAUGGGCUUUACAAAGGCAUACUUCGUCUUCACGGCGCAGUCUAGGAUGAUGGCCCUCUUGCGUAGAUUUGUGUCUGGGUUGCUGGCAGAGGCCAAUGAAGCUCCGAUCUAUGAGCUCCAUCCCAAAUGGUCUCAGUUGGUCCAGACGGACUUCUCCAGAUUCGGCACUACCUCUGCUUGGUCUACCGACUCUAUCAAGCCCUUCUCCGCUCCACCUUCUUUUGAUCCCCACGCUAUCGUUGAGUUCGUUGCAUCCCGUCAUCGUGCUGCCAGAGACGAGAUUGAGCUUCUUCAGACGGAUCCGGCUUAUGUCCAAUUUCGUGCUCGUGAGCUGGCCUCGGCGCACUUCUUCGAGACUUUCUCAGGCUCUGACAGAUGGCCUUACUUUGUCGACCAGCUGUUUCUCAUUCCUCUUCAACGAGAAAUGUAUUGGCGUCAGUUGAACGGUGAAAGUAAGCGGAUGGGAGUGUGGCUGCAGGCCAUCGAAGAGUGUCCAUCAGAUACCGAAGCUCGGGCAGAGUACGAGUAUUUUGUCUCGAUUGUCUGGGAUUUGUGCUUGGAAUCUUUUGCGGUCUUUGAAUCGGGCGUUGAAGGCAGUCUGCUUUAUCAGCGCGGCUUCGAGAAGAAUCUCAACAUCCAGGGUGAUGGUAAGUCCAACAAGCAUGAUCGAAAGUUCAGCAAAGAUGACUACUUUCCGGACGACAUGUUGUACUGGGCCGUCAGCUCUCUCGGCUACGACGCAUACCGUCCUCUGAGCAUGGAUCCUUCUCUCAACUUUGCCAUUAUAGAUUACAUGUGUCGGACCGACCGCAAACAGGCAACUCGAAUCAGCCAAAGUCUGCUUGUUCAACUGAGCGAUAUGGCAGUCCUGUUCGAGGUCAUGGACUCUAUCAAGUCACGUCCUAUCCGUGAAUGUCAGAUUACCCACGAAAAUGCGAAGAAGUUGUUGAAGGAAGAGUGCCGAGACCAGUUCAUCAAGAAGAUCAACCCUCCUUUCGCGGACAAGGAGAUUGGUGACAAAUUGGGAGAGUUUCUUGAACGUGCUUGCACCCAGUCUACGUGGCCUCGUGGAAGAAAGAAUCAAGAAUGGUUGGAUGGAGCCACAGCUUCUCACGAGGCUUUGGAUGUUUUCUGGUCGGAAAUGCGCACCAUCUGGGCACACAAGUUGCGUAACGAGGGUGGUGUUGCUGAAAGCUAUAUCAAGGAAGACAUUGAUGGUCUCAUGCGCUUCUCUCAAAGCGAAAAGCAUUUGACCGAGCUUGCAGCUCAACGUGAGCACGUCCUCUGCCAGCUCGCUCGCCGCGAAAAACGUACUGUGGAUGCGGAGUUGGUGCUUCAGACUGUAUGGGGCGAUGACAGCGAUAAUAGCAGCACCUCGCCUCAGAUACCUGUAGCUCGCAAGACCAGAACCAGAUCUUCACGCUCUGUAAGCAAAGAUAACACCGAAACUUUGCCAGCACCCGUCGAACCUGCCAUAAACCUUUCUCAGCCAUCUAAGAUCGCUGUCCGACGCGACAACAUUGCCAUAUUCAAAGCCAUGUUCCCAGAAAAUGGCGAAGACUCUUCACGCAGCUUUGCCUGGCAGCAUUUCCUGGCGGCCAUGACGGACGCCGGUUUCAGUAUCUUGCAGAGUCAGGGCAGUGCUGUCACGCUCAAGCUUGAAAAGAGUCAGGGUGUCAAUACGAUUGUGGUUCAUCGUCCUCAUCCUGUGGCUACCAUCAACCCAAUCAUGUUGAGAAGCAUUGCCAAGAGGAUGAGCAAGUGGUUUGGUUGGGGUAAGAAGACGUUCGUGGAGCAAGAGAAGGAGCAGGGCCUGGUAGACAGAUCAGUGGAAGCCUAGGCUGGAGUGACAUUCCCUGCAACUUGUUCUACCAGAUUAUCUGCUGGUGAAAAUGCAGAAGUUUCGAAACUGAGACGAGUUUCCGAGAGAGGUAACACAUAAUGCUCUCGACGGCCUCCCCUGGGUGCUAGAGACUCUUGUGUAUUUUGGCAGCUGUGGACUUGAUGAAUUAUGAGGCUGAGAUGGUCAACGGGUUCCUU